ACAAACAACCAAAAAAAAAAAAAAUAUUAACAGUGUAGAUUUUUGAAAAAUUAGUUUUACUUAAUCAUUCAUUCAUUCAUUUAGUUUAUAAACAAUGUCAAUGACAGGCCGUAGAGCUUUUGCCAGUAAAAUAAUCAAAGAUAGCAAUGUCGAUAUUCGUCAUAGACUGGCCAAAAUUUUAGCAUCAGCUUCAACAACAGCAUCGAUUAUAACGAAUAAUAACAACAACAACAACAAUAAUAAUAAUAAUAAUAACAACAGUGAUGAUUGUUUUGGUGAGGAUAAAACCACCAUGAUGACAACCAUACUUUGUCAUCAAAAUGCCAUCGGUGAUGAAAAUUUAACAAUCAAUAAUGUUAAUCUUGGUAAUAGUUUAUAUUGUGAAACAUCAAUCAUUGAUCUAGUUGAUCCAAUUGAUGAUUAUGAAGAUUAUAUUGCGAAACAUUCGAAUCGUAUUGAACAGAAUUUACGUUCAGUAUUAUUAUUUCCAUUUGAUGAUAUUAUGGUUGAAAAAUAUCAACCACCAUUACGUACAUUAGAACCAGAAUCAUUACCAGAAUUUCAUAAUCUACGUAUUUCGGAAGAUCCUUAUAUACAAUGUAUUGGUGCCUGUAAUCUUAAAUCAUUGAUUGUAAUUAAACAAUAUGAAAAAAAUAUUGAAUAUUUAAAAUUAGAACAAAAAGAACGUUUUAAACAAUUAAAACAUCAAGAAUAUGAAAUAGAUUCAAAAUGUUCUAUACGAACAAAAAAUGAAUCAUUAUCAGUAAUUGAAUCACCAACACCAAAUACAAUAUAUUCAUUGGAAACAUCAACAAAAAAUACACCACGUCCACAAUCAUUGAUUUCAUCUACAUCCACCGUACGACCACCAUUAGCAUCGGAUGAAGAAGAUUUUACUACCGAUGAUGAUAAUAAUAAUAAUGAUAAUGAUGGCGAUGGUGAUGAAGAUCGUGGCUGUCGUACACCAUUAGCUGUAGAAUUGAUUAAUCAAUCUGUUUGUGAUAAUAUUUCCCUUAAUCAAAAUCGUAAUAGCUGGACAUUUAUCGAUGGUGAUGAUCAACAACAACAACAAACAUCUAAUAAUAAAAACGAUAAAAAACAACAGCUGUUUUUUAUCAAAAAUCCUACAACAAACACCAAUGAUGAUCAUAUUGAUAAUAUUUUGGAAAAAAAUUAUGAUGAAUAUUUUACUGAACUUAAUAUAAAUUAUGACCUUACCGAACAGGAUGAUGACAAUAACAGCAACAACAACAACAACAACAAUGCACUUCCUUUAUUUUGUCUAUAUCGAUUACAACAACAAAAACAAUCAGACGAUGAAUCAACAAUGGUCAUUGAACAGCGACCAUCAAUAUCACCACCAUCCGAUGUACCACGUUAUCGAUUUCUAUUGAAAUGUCUUUCACUUGAAAUGGAUCUUUCAAUUGAACCAUUAUUUGCAUCAAUAGCAAUUUAUGAUUCAAAAUUAAAGAAAAAAAUAACUGAAAAUUUUUAUUUUGAUUUGAAUACUGAAUCAAUGAAACAUAUGUUACAAUCGCAUAUAUCAUUUCAAGAUUUAUCAACAUUAUCUAAAUCGGCUAUAUUCAAUCUAAGUCAUUUAAGUCCAGAUAUGUAUUUUGUUAUAAAAUUAGAGAAAAUAUUUCAAAGUGAUAUAAAUGAUUUGAUUGAAUCAUAUCAACGACCACCCGAUGAUUCAAAUAAAAUGGAUAGGCUGAAAAAUUUGAUAAAAAAUAAUUGUGAACGUUUAGGUCGUUAUCGAAUGUUUUUUGCUUGGGCAGUAUUUCCUUUGGUAGAUGUAUUGGGAAAUUGUUUGGCUACAACAACAACACCGACUAUAACGGAAAAAGAUUGUGAAACAUCAUUAAAUUGUAAUCGUAAUAGUUCAAAUAGUUUGGAUAGUUUAAAACGUAUUGCAAAUGAAUGUACAUCAACUUUCGUUAGGAAAGGUUCACUUGAAAGACAUUUAACAAUGACAAGUAAAGAUUAUUCUGCUAUUUCAAAUCAUUCAUCAUCAACGGAUAUAAUUACAUCAUCAUCAUCAUAUGAUCUAUGUCAAGCAUAUAAUAAAUUUAAACCGGUAACAAUAACAAGUAAAAUAUUUUAUCGUCAUGAAUCGGAAAAAUUUAGUGAUGAAGAUUUGUAUAAAUUUUUACAAGAAUUUGGACGUUCAACACAUAAUUCAAAACGUGUUCGAUAUAUACCGAGUACAUUUAAAUUGGAUAUAAGUCCUGUACGUGAUGAAAAUCAAAUUAAAUGUCGUGUAAAUCCAGAAUUGAUUCGUCUUCAUCCAUAUCAACCGAAUGAUCGUAUUAGUCCGAUUAAAGAAAUUCUUGAAUUUCGUGACCUGUUAAUACCGCAUAUUGAACAUCGAAAUCUUCUUUAUGUUUAUCCACGAUCGGUUAAUUUUACAUCCCGACAAAAUUCAGCAAGAAAUGUUACGGUAAAAAUACAGUUAUUAUCAUCGGAAGAAAAAUUCAGUGCCAUGUCAGUGAUUUUUGGUAAAUCAAGUUGCCCGGAAUAUUUAUCCGAAUCAUAUACGGCAAUCAAUUAUCAUAAUCGUAAUCCAAAUUUUUCCGAAGAAUUUAAAAUACGUUUACCAUCACAGAUGCAAAAACAAACACAUUUAUUGUUUACAUUCAUCCAUGUUCAUACUAAACCUAAAAAUGAUAUACCAAUUGAUGAAAUUGUUGGCUAUACAUGGCUGCCAUUACUACAGGAUGAUUGUCUUCAAACCGGAUCAUUUUCUUUGCCUAUCGUAUCGGAAAUGCCUACAGCCGGUUAUUCAUUUCUUAAUCCAACUGAUAUGGAUGCAAUGACUAAUCAUAAAUGGAUUGAUAAUCGUAAACCAUUGUUCAUUGUUCAUAUUGAUUCAUAUUCAAGUAUAUUUGCUCAAGAUGUUUAUGUAAAUCGAUUUUUUCGUAUUACAUCAUCAUUAGAUGGUGGUCAGAAUCAAAGUUUAUUACAUUCAGAUAAUUUUUAUGAAGAUUUUUGUCUUGCUAUUAAUGGUUUACAGAAUUCAAAUAUCGAUUCGUUAGUAAAAUUUGUUCAUAUUAUAUUGAAUCGAUUGAUUAUGUUAAUGGUUCGACCACCAUUAUCACUGUUUGAUGAACAAAAGAAUGACCAAAAUAUUUCAACGAUAUCCAAACAAUUUAAAACAUUGGUAUUUGAAACAUUAGUUUCAAUUGUUGCUAAAAUUAAUUCAAAACUUUAUUCGGAUGAUUAUUCACAAAUGCAAAGUGGAAUUUUAGCUACAUUUAUUCAUUAUCAGGUAAUUUUUCCACAACCAGAACCAACGAACAACAGUAACAAUCAUAAUCAUAAUGUGAAUGACUUGAAUCAUGAAAAAGAUGAAACGUUAAGAUCAACAUUCCAUGAAGAAAUUGUCAUACAAUGGUUAUCAAAAGAACAUUCAAAUGAAUCGACAGUGGAGAAUUUAUACAAAUAUUCAUUCUUCUUUUUUGAUUCAAUUUUUAAAAGUCUUUGUAUAACUGUUUCGUUAACAUCAAACUCAAAGAUUGUACAUCGUUUACCAAUUGAUCGAUAUUUGAAAAAUAAUCUAAAUCGAUUGAUACAUAGAAUUGGUGAUUAUAUAGUACGAGAAAUUCGUAACAAACAUUCAAAUCAUCAACAACCAUCAUCAUGUGUGAAUAUUGUUAAUCGUUCAUUAUCAUUUUUUAUUCGUGAUCUUCUUUCAAUUAUUGAUCGUCAUUAUGUAUUUAGUUUAAUGAAAAUUUAUUUAACUAAAAUUAGUAAUGCUUCAACAAUAGUUUCGACAUCGAUCAACAAUAACAACAACGGCAAACAAAUGGAUAUGGAUAGCCAAAAAAAUGAACAAAUAAAAAUCAAUGCAGAAUUGUUUGAAAUGAAAGUAUCAUUUUUACGAAUAAUUUGUGGUCAUGAACAUUUUGUUGCUUUGAAUCUUCCAUUUGGUACACCAUUAUUUGCUGCUUUAGAACAAAAUUCCAACAAUAACAACACCGGUAAUACAAAAUUUUCACCAUCUUUUUCGCUGACCAAAGAAAUGUUGGAUAGUAAUAUAUUUUCAAAUUUAAUAUUUGAUCGUAUUCGUCCUUAUUCGGAAUUAACUGAUGAAUAUCGACGUCAACAUUGGCUUAUUGGAUUAGUAUUUUGUGUUUUACUUGAAUCAUUUACAAUGACCAAAGAUUUACUGCAAAAUCGUGCUGCACAAUUAAUACGUUCAAUAAUGAAUGCAUUUGAUUGGGAUGAACGAUUUAAUAAUGAUUAUAAUGUUAAACAUCGUGCUGCUUGUUUAUUUUUACCAUUAAUUGGUAUUAUGAUUGAUGUUAUUGAUUAUUUACAUGAUGAAACAAAAAAUAAUUGUUUUUAUUCACCAAGUGAAAGUCGUAAACGACGGAAACUUAAUUCAUCUAAAGGACAAUUUCGUCAUGAUAUGGAUAGUUAUGGAUCAUUGUUUAUUGAAAAUUCUAUUGCAAUGGCAAUUGGAUCAUCAUCAUCAUCAACAACAACAACUUCAAACAGUUGUUCAUCAUCUCCACCACACAAAUUAAUAUCGCCUAGUACUUAUCGUCAAACACUUUCAUAUCAACGAAUCAAUAAAGAAGCUACUGAAACAUUAUUGUUAUGUUUGAUAUGGACCAUUGGUAAUGUUGAUCAUCGAUUAUUUAUACAAUAUUUGAAUGAAUUUUCAAAUGAACGUUUGUUAGCAUUUAUUGAAUUACUUCGUAUAACAAUAAGAAUUUUUGAAUAUCAAGGUGCUAAACAUAUACGGAAAAGUUCCAAACGAAGACAAUCAUUUCAAAAAUUAGAUGAUGCAAUUCGUAAUGGACCUGCACGUAAAGAAUGGAUUCGUCGUCGUGAAUCAUCAUCAUCACAAAGUUUUGUAUCAACAAUGAAUGAUGGUUCAAGUAAUGAUCUAAGAUUACGAUGGAAACGUAACACCACUAUUAAUCGUUAUCAUUCAAUUCAUGAUGAUUCAAAUAAUGAUUUGAAUAAUUUUGAAGAUGAAAUCAUUAUGGAAGGACAUCUUUGUACGAUGAUCAAUUUGAUUGUAUUGGAUUCAAUAACAAUGAUUGUGAAUAUUUUUCGACAACGUAUUAAAUGUAUUUCUAGUUUUGUUCGUAAUUCAUCAUCAUCAACCAAAACAACAACAACAACGACAACAUCAAGUUUAUGUUUGAAAAAUAAAUACGGUAAUGAUGAAUUUGUUGUUGCAAGUGCAUUACAUGCUUUGCUUCAAGUAUUUUCAUUACGCCAAAGUAGUCGUGUAUUGAAAGCUGCAUUCGACAUACAACGUGCCAUUCUACAUCAUUUUCCUGAAUUACUUUUUAUUGAUGAUUUACCGGAUGGUGAAUUUUGUUCCGAAUUAUGUUAUUUAUUAUUGAAACAUUGUGCAUCACAAACAUUAACUAUUCGUACAAAUGCAUCGGCAUCAAUUUAUCUGCUAUUACGACAAUAUUAUCAAUCAAAUGGUCAUUAUUCACGUAUUAAAAUUCAAAUUACAAUGUCAUUAAGUCAAUUGGUUGGUACAAGUCUUACGUUCAAUGAAAUUAAUAUCCGUAAUGCAUUGAAUAAUAUUUUAUUAUAUGCAUUGAAUGAUGAUAGUGUACGUGAAACACAAUUUCCAAAUCAAAUACGAGAAUUAGUUUAUAAUCUUAUUAUGAUAUUAUCGGAUACAAUGCAAAUGAAAGAACAUGAAAAAGAUCCAUUAAUGUUACUUGAUUUAAUGUAUCGUGUAGCAAAAGGUUAUCAAAAUUCACCAGAAUUACGAAUUACAUGGCUUGAAAAUAUGGCCCGAAAACAUUUAGAAUUAUCACAAAAAGUUGAAGCUGCACAAUGUUUAGUUCAUGCAUCAGCAUUAGUUUCUGAAUGUUUACAUAAAAUGUCACGUAGAAAUUAUCUACCGGUUUCAUGUGCUGCAUUUCAACGUGUUUGUCCAAAUGUUUUUGAAGAAAGUCUUCAUUCCAAUUCAGAUAUUAAUAUUGAUAAAAUGAAUUAUUUUAAAGAAGAUAUUGAUGAUACGAAAAAAGGAAUACAAUCAGCAAAAUUAAAUGAAUCCGGUUUGAUUGCAUUGUUGGAACAUGCAGCCGAACAUUUUGAUGUUAGUGGAAUGUAUGAAGGUGUGAAUGAAAUUUAUAAAUUACUAUUACCAAUACAUGAAACUCAUUAUAAUUAUAAAGAAUUAUCGCGGAUACAUGAUCGAUUGCAUAAGGUUUUUAUUAAAAUCGAACAACAAGAAGGAAAACGUGUGUUUGCCACUUAUUUUCGUGUUGGAUUCUAUGGAAAAUUGUUCAAUGAUCUUAAUCAAAAAGAAUUCGUUUACAAAGAACCUUUUCUAACUAAAUUACAUGAAAUUGCUAAUCGUUUGGAAACAUUUUAUGGUAAAUGUUUUGGUGCAAAAAAUGUCGAAGUGAUUAAAGAUUCGAAUAAUGUAGACAUUUCGAAAUUGGAUCCAAAUAAAGCAUACAUCCAGAUUACUUAUGUGGAACCAUAUUUUGAUUCAUGGGAAUUGGAAUCACGUAAAACUUGUUAUGAACGAAAUUAUAAUAUCAAACGAUUCAUUUAUUCUACUCCGUUUACGAUGGAUGGUCGAGCACAUGGUCAACUUUAUGAACAAUAUAAAAGAAAAACAAUACUUUCGGUUGAACAUGCAUUUCCAUAUGUAAAGACAAGAAUUUUGGUAAAAAAUCGACAACAACAUUCAUUAUUACCGAUCGAAGUGGCCAUUGAAGAUUUACAGAAAAAAACCGGUGAAUUAGCAAUGGCAGCCAAUCAAGAACCAGUUGAUGCUAAAAUCUUACAAAUGGUACUGCAAGGUUGUGUAGGUACUACUGUUAAUCAAGGUCCGGCUGAAAUUGCUUUUGUUUUUCUAAGUGAUGAACCAAAUAUUCCUGCCGGUUAUCAACGUCCAACUUUACCAUUAAAAGAUAGUUUACGAGUUGCAUUUAAAGAAUUUUGUGCCAAAUGUGGUGAAGCUUUGGCAAAAAAUCGUCAACUUAUCAACGGUAAUGAACAACAAAUUGAAUAUCAUAAAGAAUUGGAAAGAAAUUUUUGUCGUUUAACCGAAAAAUUGGCACCAUUGAUGGGUAUGGCCAAUGUAAAACAUUCACAAGCACUUUUGCAGGAUAGUUAUUUUGGUCCAGGAUUUUCGAUAACAUCCCGAAGUAAUAAUAACAGUCCAUUGAAAGGAAUGAAUGGUUUUGAACGUCUAUCUCGAAUCUGAUCUCAACACACACACACACUAUUUCGACAUUGGGUCACAUUUUUCUAGUCAAAAAAAAUUUUUUUUUUACUUAUUAUUUUUUUCUUUUCUAAAAAAAAAUCAUUUUUUCUUUUUUGAUAU